AAUGGACUAUCUUAAAUCAAAAUGGGCGAUAUGGUUCAAAUCCUUAGAUGCUAACCACGACAAUAAACUUUCGAUAGAAGAUAUGGAGAUUUCUGCCAAAAAGUUUAUAGAAAUACAGAAAAUACUCGGCGACAAAGCGAAUGACAAUGCGGGAUUUGACAACACAAAAUGGUGGAAUACUUACAUCUUUCGUAAAGGUCCCGGUGUAUCAUUGACUCUAGAAGAGUUCCAGGCCAGCCUAGGAGAAUCUUACCAGAAAGACAAGGCGGCAUUCUAUCAAGAAAUGGAGAGAUGUUUUAGCGAUAUCGCUUCCUUUGUAGCAGAAAACAAGGACCGGCCUAUCGUAGAGCAGGAGUUCGCUUUCGGAUUUAAAGUCUUUGGUCAAGAAGAUUCGGCGCAAGUGGCUAAGGCUUACCAGCUAUUCAAGGCUACCAAGGGUCAACCAAAUGUCCAGCACAUAGUAGACGCCUGGGCCCAAUUCAUUGCAGACGACGACGCGAGCAAACAGGACAUGAUUCACGAGGCCUUAUUAUUGUAAUUUUUAAAUUUGGUUUACAUUUGUAAUUGUUAUGUAUAAAAAUUAUAAUGAUUUUUUACUAAGCCUUUGCUGAUUUUCAGCUAUGGGAAAAAAGUAUUUUGCUCAGUCACUUAAACUUGAAUUG